AUGCAAUACAUUCUUACAGAGGAAGUAAAGUCUUGGAUACAACAAUCCGUAGGUACUGAAAAUUGUAUCAUCACCAUAGAAAACACGACCCAGAAAUUGAAAGGUUACGCUGGAGAAUUUAUUUUUGCAAAAGUUGAACUUCAGUCCAGUGAAGGUAUGGUUACAGACGAUAAAACUCUAUUUAUAGCCCUAAAACGCAACAAUCAGAAUCCGUUAGUCCAAAAACGAAUUUCUGUAAUGCACGAAUUCUGUAGGAGGGAAGUAUACUUUUAUGGUACCGUCAUUCAAGCAUAUCAAAAGUUUUACAAAAAUAAAAUUCUGCAAGGUGACCUUUGUAUAGUUCCAAAGUGCCACGAAGCCUUUUUGGAGGGCGAGAAUAACGUUGUGGUCUUAGAAAAUCUUAAAAGGAAAGGUUACGUGCUGCACCAAACAGAAAAACCGCUGAACUCUAAUCAAAUCAAAUUGUGUUUACAAUCUUACGCUAAACUACACGCUUUAGGAUUUGCAAUGAGAGAUCAAAAUCCAGAACAAUUUAAAAUGAUUUCUGAAGAAUUGCAUCCUUUGAUAAGUCAGAAAAAUCACUGA